CUUAAUCUAGCCAACCACACCUACUACAAACGUGGCUGACUAGACUGUAGUACAGCAAAGCCUAAAAUGUCUUCAGGGGACGAAAGGCAAAAACUUUUGGAGCGAUUCAAAGUCGACACGCGCUCCAUACUCCUCUCUGCGCCCCUGGGCGUCCUAAAAAGAGCUUUUGCUAAAGACUACAGGAGUAUGAUCGGCUCUGAUCCACCAUUGAGACAGCUGGGAUAUUCAAACAUGGAUGAAUUCGCCCGUGACCACCCAGACGUCCUCAGAUCCGGUAUCGGCCCCACUGGAGAGCCUACCUAUUAUGUAGUGGCGACUCAGGAAACCCAGCAUGUUGCCAGUUUGGUUGCUCGUCAGAAAAAGCCGAGUCUUUCAAAGUUACGCAAGGCAAGCACGGCCCGGCCACCGCCUAGCAUCUCCCGGCAUAUGGCGAUGGUUGGGCCUCGUAGGCGGGCAAAUCGGCCAGUUAGAAGACCGCUUUACGGGCAGCCAAUUAUAAAAUCCCAGUCUUUGCCAAGUUCAAAAUUUAGUCUUCAGCAACAAAGGGAAGGAGCCUCAUUCUUAAGCAACAAAACUCCACCAAGUCAAAGUUUUCCUGCACAUGAAAAGUCAUCUUCAGGGAUUCCCCCUUUUAACCCGGAAUUACAUCACGCCCCAUUCCUCACCAUCCCUCAACUGAUUACAUCGAGAGAUGAGUUUCGUGAAAAAAUUGUUGUUGUGGAGGGUUACCCUGGACUUCAUAAGGAGAUUACUCAGUAUCGAGAUCAGUUUCGCGUUCUCUUAUUUCACAAUAGAAACUUUAAUCAAGGAAAACAGUUUCAGAAUGUAAACGUUUUCUUCACCAGGAAACACUGGAAUGUGUCGAUAUAUCCUGAUCCUCUGUCCCUCCCUUCUGAAGGGGGUGUGAGGAUUAAACUGUGGGGUAUUGUUGAGUAUAAGUAUUGGAACACUCCCAAGAAAUAUGUCCAUUCAUUAAGAGCUCUUUACUAUCGGAGGCUUGAUAUGUCGCCUUCUGGAAGCCUCUCUUCUCCUCCACCACUUAGAGUAACAGUUUCAGGUGGUGCUAGGGAGAUAGUCCAUUCACAAUUAACUGGUGGAAUGAGAGCAUUCCCUAACUCAAGAGAUAAAUCUCCAGUGGCUAACAGCAGAUCUUCAAAGCCAACUGCAGCUCCUCCCACUUCUCUUGCCGAGUGGUUACGAGAGGAACUAAAAGACAAACCCAAUGGUUUGUGGGGUAAGGUAUUAGCCAAGAAAUACUCUGAGGCUUAUAAUGAAGAGCCAUCAGUUAUACUGGAUAGAAUAAUGAAACUGCCUUUUGUGAAAACUAACUGUCCGGUUGAAGGCAAUCCUAUAAUUUCCAUAAAGAAAGAAAUUGAACAAGAGAAGAAGGAGGAGAAGGAAGAAAAGACAGAUUAUCCUCCACUGCCUUCUACUGUAGAGUUGCCCUUGUCGUCAGAAGAUGGCAUUUAUGUAUUAGUGGCAUCAAUAAAGUCAUUGCUUCACUUUUAUGUACAACAUAAUUCACCAUCAACCACUGAAGCACUCCAAAGACUAGAGGAUUCAAUAUAUGAACACUUUAAUGAAAAUAAACAUGCUCCUCCCAAAAAAUUGAACCCUGAGCGUCUGUAUGCAUUGUGUUGGGAGGAUGGUUCAUGGUGCCGCACUAAACUGGUAUCAGUAGCCGGUCUGACUGGUUUGACCAGUGAAGGGAGGGUGCAUGUGUGUUACCCUGAUUAUGGUAAUUAUGAACUGGUUGAGAUCAAUCAGUUGAGGGAGUUGCCUAAGGAAUUCUAUACACUACCUUUUCAAGGUGUUCAGUGUAGGUUGGAUGGUUUGUUGUCAGAGACUGAAACUGCUAACGAUAAGUUUGAAGAGUUGGCUUUUGAGAAACUUUGUACAUGUCAAGUGAAGAGCAAGUCAGGGGACCAUUACACGGUUCAACUAUCAAUUGAUGACACUAAUAUUAAUAACGUCAUUGAAGAUCUUGUAUAUCCCAUAAACUCAUUAAAACCUUCAUUACCACCAGUGGGCGGAGCUCCAGUGAGUGUGAUUCUACGUGAUAUUGGUAUUCUAAUCCCUGGACUGAUAGUGGUUCAUAUUGAGGGGCGGGGCACUUUGAAACUGGACGAAUUGAACGAGUUGAUUAAUGAUCACUAUGGCAACGACGAAAAGGUUGAUUCCACACCCUUUAAACCCGAAUUGGGUGUGGUCUGUUGUGCCAAAUACAGCGAGGACUGGUACAGGGUUCAAGUUCUAGACCUUAAGGAAGAUGGAACGGCGACCGUCUUGUUUGUUGAUUACGGGAACUACCUUAGUGUUGAGGCUAAAGAUCUCAAGAGUCCAUUGCCACAUCCACUUUUUGAAUUACCGAGCCAAGCAUUGUCAGCACAAUUGAAGGAUGUACCACCCCCUCAUUGUGGGUGGAGUAAUGAAGCAACUUUAUGGCUUAAUGAAUAUGUUGAUACAAGACUGACAUUACAAAUGGUCUCAGCUUCUGAGUGUAUAUUAUUUGCUGAUGGUGUAUCACUUAAUGAGGAGCUACUCAAGCACACAGAAUUCUUUCCUUCUUAUUCCAUUACAAUUAAUGAUUGUCCUUCAGUUCAGUUGCCUGAUGAGCCAGCACUUGUUUAUGUAUCAAGCUGUAUUUCUCCUAAUGAAUUUACAGUUCAGUUGUGUGAUAGUUCUGAUGCCCUAACUUCAUUGCAGCAAUCACUCCAGCAGUUCAGCAUUACAGCUCCGCCUGUAUCAAGACUGCAAUCAGGACUAGUAGUAUCCUCCCUAUCCAGUGACGAGUGCUGGUACAGGAGCCUCUUACUGGACACUGUCAGCCUCAGACAGGAAGGAGAUAAUUUAAUUGAGGAGGUCCCAGUUCGUCACCUGGAUUACGGAGAUGAAGAAAUGAUAAAAACUUCGAGUGACGGGAUUAAACAAUUAUCAAAAGAAUUUCUACAACUUCCGUCUCAAGGGAUUUCUGCCUCUCUCCAUGGGGUAGCCCCUAUUGAGGGCACAGUGUGGGACUCUACUUCUACCGAAAAAUUUAAAGAACUGGUUUUAGACAAGUAUUUCUUUUGUCAGAAAAAGGGGGUGUGUCCUAAUGGGCGGAGCUCUGUAUCGCUCAUAGAACCCAGUGGGUCCCAGUUGGUGUCCACUAUACUGGAGACGGAAAAACUUGCAAGAAUCAUUUUGUGAUCAUUAAUCUUAGUUUGGCAUCCAUUUAAUGUGUGUGUGUGUACAUGCAUGUUGUGAUCAUAUAACAUAAACUCCAUUUACAUUGUCAUUUCUAUUACACAAAACAAGGACAGAAUGUCAUAUAUUAUAGUGAUUUUGACUAAUAA